AAAAAAAAAAAAAAAAAAAAAAUUAACUGGACGCUUCGCGCUAAAAUUUGAAUGCCAAUCGAAGGACUUGACGUUAGUUUUGUGUCGUUUCGUGCGUGCGUGAUGCAAAGGAUAAUUGAAGACAGCCACUGACACGUACAAAACGUAUGUUGGUGAAUUUUUCCGUUUGUUUGUUUGUUUGUUUUUUUUACGGUGCAUUAUUAGAGUGUGUGUGUGUGUGAGUGAGUGUUUACGGAUCGUCAUUGACCUCCAAAGUGGACCAAAACAAAAAGCAAAUCAGGCAAUAGAAAUAACCAAAAUUUCCUUUUGCCCCCCCAAAAAUAUACCAAGUGCAAUCAACCUACUUACAAUCUAAAUACAUACAUAUAUACUCGACGUCUACAUAGGAUCUAUGGGAAAAAAAUGUGCCAGUGUUAGCUAAAUUCAAUAACCUAGUGUUUAAGUGAAACAAACUACUUGAAAUAUUUGGCAAUAUCCUCAAAAUGUUGCCCUAUCAGGCUGCCGUGGCAAUGGAUUAUGCCGGCUAUCAGCGUCAACCAACGCCCGGACAUCCUGGCAGUCAUAUGGCCGCCACCAUGGGCUCAUUGGGUAUGCCAACGGUGCCCUUCACACACAGUUGGAUGGUGCCCACACAGGAUCUGUGCGCCAUGCCGCCAUACAACAAAAUGCCCAAUCAACAUCAACCAGGCGGACCCGGAAUGCAUGCCCAACAGCAACCCAUCGAACCUGGCAUCCUGGAGCUACGCAAAGAAAAGUCUAGGGAUGCGGCUCGUUCAAGGCGUGGCAAAGAGAAUUAUGAAUUCUAUGAGCUGGCCAAAAUGUUGCCAUUGCCGGCUGCUAUUACCAGCCAAUUGGAUAAGGCUUCCAUAAUAAGACUGACCAUAAGCUAUUUGAAAUUGAGAGACUUUUCCGGACAUGGUGAUCCGCCAUGGACCCGUGAGGCAUCCAGUAGCAGUAAACUGAAAAGUGCAGCCAUUCGACGUAGUCCCGCCGUUGAUUUGUUUGAACAACAUCAGGGCACCCACAUACUGCAGUCACUCGAUGGCUUCGCCUUGGCUGUGGCCGCUGAUGGACGCUUCCUGUACAUAUCGGAAACGGUGUCCAUCUAUUUGGGCUUAUCGCAAGUGGAGAUGACUGGCAGCAGUAUAUUCGAUUAUAUCCAUCAGGCCGAUCAUUCAGAAAUUGCCGAACAAUUGGGUCUCAGUCUGACCAGUGGAACUGGUGGCGGUGGUGUUGCUGGUGGUGGCGGCGGCGGUGGUGGCAGCAGCGGCAGUGGUGCUGCAGGCAUGGCCUCACCCACAUCGGGAGCCUCAGAUGAUGGCAGUGGCACACACGGUACGAACAAUCCCGACGUUGCCGCCUCAAUGACACAGGCAUCGACAGCUGGCUACAAGGGCUAUGAUCGUAGCUUUUGUGUCAGGAUGAAAUCCACAUUGACCAAACGUGGUUGCCAUUUCAAAUCUUCUGGCUAUCGGGCCAACGAUGCAACGAGCAAUUGCAAUGGUAACAAUAACAAUGCUAAAAAUCUUAAGAAUCCGGGCUCAAACUAUUCGGUUGUCCUCCUGCUAUGCAAACUACGGCCUCAAUACACAUUCUCCCACACACGAAAGUCACAACCUCCGCUGCUUGGUAUGGUGGCAUUGGCCAUUGCCCUGCCACCGCCUUCGGUUCAUGAGAUACGUUUGGAGUGCGAUAUGUUUGUGACACGUGUCAAUUUCGAUUUACGUGUGGCGCACUGUGAGCCCAGAGUCUCUGAUCUGCUGGAUUAUGCACCUGAGGAUCUGGUUAACAAGAGCUUGUAUUCACUGUGCCAUGCCGAAGAUGCCAAUCGGUUACGUAAAAGUCACACAGAUUUAAUCGAAAAGGGUCAAGUUUUGACGGGCUACUAUCGUCUGAUGAACAAAAGUGGUGGCUACACUUGGCUACAAACCUGCGCCACUGUCGUCUGUAGUACCAAAAAUGCCGAUGAGCAGAACAUAAUAUGCGUCAACUAUGUGAUUAGUAAUCGCGAAAACGAGAACCUCAUUCUAGACUGUUGUCAACUGGAACCCAGUGUGGAUAGCAUUAAGCAUGAAGAGGGCUUGGGUAAUGACAAGAGCAGUGGCUCGCCCAGCGGUGAUGCAUCCGGCGAGGGUAAUCCUCAUCUCAGUGCCGGUGACAUGAAAUUAAGUUCACCCAAAACCGAUCCCGAAGGCCAUUCACAUCGUGGUCGCGGACGUAGUGCAACGUCGGCCCAUGGCAGUAGUCUGAAUAAUCUCUCGCUGAUCAAGGACAGUCCAACGCCAUUGGGCGUAGAGGUAGACACGGGAGUGGGAGUUCUACCAGCCACUGUGGCCACACCUGUGCCGGCACCAACACCAGCUAAUACCUCCACAAGCUCCACAACAACGAAGCGGAAACGCAAGAGCAAGGCGGCCCAACAGGCCGAAGAGCAGACCGAGCAGAUUAGUGCCGAGCAGCAGCCAUUGACCAAGUUACCAGCCAUGGAGCAACGUGAUGGUGGGGCAACGCCACGAAGUCGUCUGCCAUCGAUUGUUGAGGAGCAAACGAAUUCGGCGGCAGAUUCUGCAGUCAAGGAUCUGGAGCAUGCAAUGUCCAAGCAUUUGCCAUCGCCGGGAUCAGUGACUGGUAAUAAUCCGCCAAGCACUGACUUUAGCGCCGAUUCCCUGAUUAAGCAACAACAGCAGCAGCAACAGCAGCAACAACAACAGCAGCAGCAGCAGCAGCAGCAACAACAACAACCACAUGAUCCCAAUGAGAAGAGCAGCACAAUACAAUGGAUAGGUACACCGUAUCAACAACCUGCUCCAAUGCCAGCAACGGCUCUACUCCGACAACUCUAUGCCAAUAGAGAGAGCGUCAUUAGGGCCACAGCACGACAGACACCCACAGGCGUGGGCCCGGGAGUCUUCUAUGGAGAACAGCAGACAGGUCCAUUGCCGACACCACCAGGCAGUGAGUCAUCCUAUGAGAAUCAAUACCUACAAUUGCAUUCGGCUGCCGCCGCUGGACAUCCCGGAAGCGGUGGGCAAAAGACCUCGGCGGAUGCCUUCACCAAUCUAGUAUCCACCUAUGGUGGCUAUCACAGUUCGAUUGACUAUCACAAUGCCAUGACACCGCCAUCCUCGGUGUCGCCACGCGAUAGCAACAAUGCGGCCAAAGUGGCUCCCUCGGCGGCUCCAGUGCUGACCACAAACGGCGGGGGCGGCGGUGGUGGCGGUGGCUAUGAGUAUGCCGAUCCAUUGAGGGGACAAUAUGCCACACCAACCGGAGAUGUGGCUACCACAUCGUUACCCCUGAAACCGCAAGCCUAUACAGCAACAAUGCAUCCGCAUGGCCAUGCCACCACCACAACAGAGGGCGGUGUCACCUACAGCAAUCUGGAUCAACCGCAAUACUUUGCCCCACACUCCAGUUUCCAUUUGUAUCACAAGGGUAGCCCGGCCAGCGGUUGGUAUUCCACACCAUCCUAGGUUUUGGAAGAUGGCGCCACCGCCGAUUGCCAAAUGCAGGGAACAUUGCCGCAGCAACUACCAAACUACCAAGCGCAUCCAUCGACGGAUGUGCAAACGGAACGCUGGGAUAUUGUCGGGGCAUUGGGCAAGGUGGCGCGUAUGUUUUUCAGUGCACGCAAAGGAAGUGGCCAGUAGGAUGAUGAGAUGGAGAAGUAGGAGGAGAUGGAGGUAUGUACUACUAGCAGUAGUUAUUCGUCGACUCCGACUACCACUCACUCGCCCACCCACCCAUCCAAUCACUCAGAACUUUGCCUCGAAUUUGAGUGAUCCUUUGGCCCUCGGACUGUACAUACGACACCACGACGACAAAUAGAACAAAACAAAAACAAAUAAAACAGAAAACAGAAAACAAAACGUUAAAACAUUCAAUGUUGUUAAAUAAUUCUUAAGCUUUGUAAAUUUAAACAUUAAAACUCACUCACACAGAACCCAUUGAAAUUAUGCGAAGAAUACAAAACUAAAAAAAAACAAAAUACUCGGCAAAUAUGCAAUUAA